AUGGCCCGGCCGGCGCUGCUGGCGCCCGGUGGCUUCCCGGCGCGUGCUGUGGUCUGGGAAUGGCUCAACGAGCAUGGGCGCUGGCGGCCCUACUCGGCUGCCGUGUGUCACCACCUGGAGAAGGCACUGCAGGAGGACGCGCGGGGCCGCGUGCCGCUGGGCCCGGCCGAUGGGCAGCUCGCGCCCUACGUCAUCGACCUGCAGGCCAUGCACCAGCUGCGCCAGGACACAGGCACUGUGCGCCCCGUGCGCCGCAACUUCUACGACCCGUCGUCGGCGCCAGGCCGGGGCAUCGUGUGGGAGUGGGAGAACGACGGCAGCUCAUGGACGCCCUACGACAUGGAGCUGUGCAUCACCAUCCAGAACGCGUACGAGAAGCAGCACCCGUGGCUCGACCUGUCCUCGCUCGGCUUCGCCUACCUCAUCUCCUUCAGCAGCAUGGCCCAGACCAACCGGGAUGGGAUGUGGGAUGGCAGCCUGCAGUGCCCCACAUGCAAGGCAAUCUACGGGGAGAAGACGGGCACGCAGCCCCCGGGGAAGAUGGAGUUUCACCUCAUCCCCCACUCGCUGCCGGGCCACAGUGACUCCAAGACCAUCCGCAUCAUCUACGACAUCCCCACGGGCAUCCAGGGCCCCGAGCACCCCAAUCCCGGCAAGCGGUUCACGGCGCGCGGCUUCCCGCGGCACUGCUACCUGCCCGACACUGAGAAGGGCCGCAAGGUGCUCAAGCUGCUGCUGGUGGCCUGGGAGCGGCGGCUCAUCUUCACCGUGGGCACCUCGAGCACCACGGGCGAGUCGGACACCGUGGUGUGGAAUGAGAUCCACCACAAGACUGAGUUUGGCUCCAACCUCACGGGCCACGGCUACCCUGACCCCAACUACCUGGACAACGUGCUGGCCGAGCUGCGCGCCCAGGGCGUCUCCGAGGCCAACAUCAAGGACUGA